CACUCACCAUAACACAACAUCACUUGAACAUCACUUGAAGAGAGAUCACACCGCUGUUUUUCUAUCAUUAGAACUCUUCAAUUUGGAUCACAACUCUGGUUCUGUCCCUUCACCACCAUUCACAUCACAGGGAUUUUAACUGUGUGUCACUGGAUUGUUUAUGCAGUAGUCUUUUGGAAUCACAUUGGUUGGACUGCUGGACUGGACCGCUGGACAGGACUGGUGGACAAGACUGCUGGACCAGACUUGAACCCCAUGCAGUGUAUAGUAGCUUGGGGCGAUGUCAUCUCUUCUCUCCCCCCGCAACGCAAAGGAUCAGCCACGCACGACCAAGUCACUCUCUGACUCGUCUCCCACUACACCCUCGCUGACUUCCAGAGGCCUCAAACAUGAAAGAGUGUCCAGACUGGACUCGUCUGGUGCUUACGACCGAGAAGCGUAUGACGCUCGCAGGGAAAACAGAAUGGCAGCUCGGAAAAAGGCUGAGGAAGAGGCAGGAUGCACUGACUAUAAGAAGAUGUACGAGGAGGCCAUGUCUACAAAUGAGAGACUCAAGUCCCGGCUGCAGGGCAGCAAACAGGAGCUGGUGUUGGUGCAGACUCAGCUGGAGAAAGUCACACAGAGAAAGAUCACAAUGACUGAGAGGUCCAAUGAGAGGUCCAUGCUUGAGAAAGAAAAACGGGAAACACAUGUCCUUCAGAAGAAGAUAUCAGACAUGGAAGAUGAAGUGAAGAUCCAGACAGAGCUGCAGAAUGAGAACCAGAGACUGAAGGACGAGAACGGAGCCUUAAUCCGGGUCAUCAGUAAACUGUCCAAGUGAGAGGAAGAGGAUGAUCCAAGAAUCAUUUCCAAUUUUUACCCCAACUACACCAUCACCAACCACCAACCACCGCUACAUUCAAAUCAUGACAGGAAUGACAGAUGGGCGCCAACUUUAAAUCCGUUUUUGAUGCCCCUUUCACUUUUCUCCUCUGUUGAUGGUUGUAUUGUACACAUAGUUCACACACAGCAUAUUAGCAUAUAUUAUUUUUAAAUGUAUUUAUGGAUUGUUAUAAUGCAUACUCAUAUCGUCACAGCACAUUAUACUGUACGGAUGUCUACGAAGGUUUAAUCUAUGAACUGGUGUAACAGUUGGUAUAUUAUGAUGUUCUAUGUAACUAAGUUACAUUAAGUUACAUUUCAUGUUUAUUUUUAAACUGCACCACCUGAAAAGUCUCCUGAGCCUUGUAUAAAUGAUUUAUAAUCCUUUUCGAUGCUGCAA